AUGCUCUCAUCCAUAAAAGAAGGCCGAGUGACAAAGAACAAAACCAAAAAGUCAUACCCUCCGACUCGACGCGUGUCCCAGAUGCAACCGCUAGUGGAGCGGACCAACGCAUUAAGCAUUGAAGAAUUCACCAACAAAUACAUGCCUGUCACGACAGGUGCUCAAACCAAGGAGGAUGCAACACUUGAAGUUCCCCCAAGCUUGAACCAGACAGAGGAGCUCAAAUCAGCUGAGACAUCCUUGGAAGUUUACUCCGCAGCCAGCAUCUCAACCCCAGACCUAGAAGCCUGUCUAGACCUUAUCGAACAGACAUCCAGCGACGCCUACCGCGCCUCAGCCGAUGGCUGGUCACGACCCAAAAAGCGCAAGGAGAUGAAGUUGCCUGAUAUGAAGUAUCUGAUUUUACGCGAUUCAAACGAGGAUGUGAAAGCCGUGAAGUCCCCAACCAAUGCAACACGCAAUACACCAAAAGAGCGCAAUGAGACAGCUCUCACUCCCCAGAAUCAAAAACAAAACUUACUCGGCUUUUUAUCAUUCAUGGUAACCUAUGAAGACGGCAAAGAAGUAGUCUACUGCUACGAGAUCCACUUAUCGCCGAGGGCCCGGGGGCGCGGCGUCGGGUCGGUUCUGAUGAAGCGGAUGGAGGCGAUUGGUCGGGCUGUCGGCUUGGAGAAGGCUAUGUUGACUGUUUUCAAGUCGAACGGCGUUGCUUGUCGGUUUUAUGAGAGGUUGGGUUAUGGACUUGAUGAGUACUCGCCCCGACCGCGGAGGUUGAGGAAUGGGACUGUGAAGGAGGUCGAUUAUAUGAUUUUGUCUAAGCGGUUGCAGAAUUGA